GCGGCUUGCGCGGCCGCUGCGGGCACGGGCAGGCCCUCUCCCUCGGCCGGCGGUUCCGCGGGCGCUGUCCUGUCCCCGCCGCCGAGGGCCGACGAGCGUCACCGUGACGGCCGGCGGCGCUCGGAGCCAUGUCGGACUGGGUGUCCUACUACCGGAGUGAGGGGGCGGAGGAGGGGGACGACGACGAGCAGGAGGAGGGGACUGAGGCGGUCGCGGACUACAAGUACGCAGGUCGGGACAGCUUGAUUUUCCUAGUUGAUGCCUCCAAGGCCAUGUUUGAGUCGUACGAGGACGAGGAAGCAUUCACUCCCUUUGACAUGACUAUGCAGUGCAUCCGGAAUGUGUACACCAGCAAAAUUAUUAGUAGUGACAGGGACCUGCUAAGUGUUGUGUUCUAUGGCACAGAAAAGAACAAGAAUUCUGCAGACUUCAAGCAUGUUUAUGUUCUUCAGGAGUUGGACAAUCCAGGUGCAAAGCGUAUUCUAGAACUGGACAAAUACAGAGGAGACCAAGGACAAAUACUUUUCCGGGAGACCUUUGGCCACAAUACUGACUAUUCACUGGGUGAAGCACUCUGGGCCUGCUCUAAUCUCUUCAGUGAUGUUCGAGUGAGAAUGAGCCACAAAAGGAUCAUGCUGUUCACCAAUGAGGAUAAUCCUCAUGCCAAUGAUAGCGCUAAAGCCAAGCUGGCCAGAACCAGAGCUGGCGAUCUGAGAGACACAGGUAUCAUCCUUGACUUGAUGCACUUGAAGAAGCCUGGAGGGUUUGAUAUCUCCUUGUUCUACAGGGACAUCAUUAACAUAGCAGAGGAUGAGGACCUUGGGAUCCAACCUCAUGAGUCAGAGAAACUGGAACAUCUCAUGAAGAAAGUACGAGCCAAGGAGACAAAGAAACGCGCUUUAGUCAGGUUAAAUCUGUAUCUGAGCAAAGAUCUGUCUCUUAGUGUUGGUGUGUACAGCCUCCUUCAAAAAGCUUAUAAACCGUAUCCAGUGAAGCUUUAUCGGGAAACUAAUGAGCCAAUUAAAACAAAGACAAGAAUGUUUAAUGGGAAAACAGGCAGCCUGCUUCUGCCUAGUGAUACAAAAAGGGCUCAGAUGUAUGGAAACCGUCAGAUUGUGCUGGAGAAAGAGGAAACAGAAGAAUUAAAACGUUUUGAGUCACCAGGCUUGGUUCUGAUUGGCUUCAAACCGCUUUCAAUGCUAAAACAGCAUCACUAUAUCAGACCUUCCCAGUUCAUCUAUCCUGAGGAGGCCCUAGUAAAGGGGAGUACAACGCUUUUUAAUGCCUUAUUGAUUAAGUGCUUGGAGAGAGAAGUGUUGGCACUCUGCAGAUACACUCCCCGCCGGAACACUCCCCCUCGCUUUGUGGCACUGGUUCCCCAGGAGGAAGAGCUGGAUGAACAAAAAGUGCAGAUAGCCCCUCCAGGUUUCCACCUCAUUUUCCUACCAUAUGCAGAUGACAAACGGAAAGUCGAUUUUACAGAAAAGGUGCCAGCCAAUCGAGAACAGGUGGACAAAAUGAAGGAAAUCAUUCAAAAACUAAGGUUCAAAUACAGGACUGACAGCUUUGAGAACCCAGUUCUGCAGCAGCACUUCCGGAAUCUGGAGGCUUUGGCACUGGAUAUGAUGGAACCGGAACAAGCUGAGGAUUUGACAAUGCCAAAGGCUGAGGAGAUGAGCCGCAGGCUGGGCAACCUGGUGGAAGAGUUUAAGCAGCUAGUUUAUCCUCCUGACUAUGAUCCUGAUAGGAGGGCUGUAAAGCGAAAACAAGGUGAUGAUGAUGGUCAAACUGAGAAAAAACCCAAGACAGAAAUCUCAAAAGAUGAGUUGAGGAGUCAUGUGCAGAAGGGCACUCUAGGCAAGCUCACGGUACCUACUCUGAAGGAUGCAUGCAGGCUUUGUGGGCUGAGAGGUGGUGGGAAGAAACAGGAGCUCCUGGAUGUGUUAACUGAAUACUUUAAGGACCACUAAGCAGGAAGAGAAGUCCAUUGUUUGACUUCUAUCUGCUUAAAGUUUUUGGUGUCUUAUGUAGAAGCUGAGUCUGUUUAAUCUUGCUGUAGAGGAGGAGAGGACUCAAUGCUGCUGAAUAUAGCAGCAAAGAAACUUUGUACUCUUAGUUGUGAAUACUCUCUGCAAGCUUGGAUUCCAUUCACAGUAGCCAAAGGCAAAAUUAAAUUCCCUGCCAACUCAGGUCGCUCACUGAAAAUGAACACAGUUGAGCCUUCAUGGUUUCUUAAUAAAAAUUUUUUUGUACUUCUUACUUUGCAACACUGGCUAUAACAUCUUUUUGCCAUAAAGACAGCAAAAGUCAUUUUAACAGGAGUAAGAAAACAGAAUGAUCUGUGUUAGUGGCACCACAUUAAUUCAUACAACAGAAGGUAACAGAAUUCUGCUGACAGAAGGUAUAAAUAUGGUGUGUUACUGUGCUACUCUCCAAAACUGCCAAUGGGUAUCGCUACUUGUAAUCAAAUGGGGCUCUUUACCAUCAUCAGCAUUAUAAAGAUCGUCAGCAGAUCUUAAAGGAGAAAAUCAUUAUUGCUAAGUGGUAUCCAAUCUGUUGUACAGAAAGCCAGCGCUUUGCAAAGGUGUUUAGUCCAAUCUUCCAUUUUUAAACAGUAACUGCAAAAGCUGGUUAAAAAAAAAAAAAAAAAAAAAAAAAAGUCGUGUUCCCUAGAGGGCUGCAAGCACUUAUCCCAGUUAAAUUACUGAGUUAGCAUAGAGCUUUUCCACCUCUGUAGCAAAGGUGAGUCAGACUACUUAAAGCCUUCUAUACUUUAACCUGUGCUUUAAGAAUAGGAAAUGGUAGAGAGCAGCUAUUGCCUGUUACUUCUGGUGAUUUUUUUUUUUUGAAUCCUACUGAUGUAGGCAGUAUCCAAGGGUGUAUAUGUUUUGGUUUUUAAAUUCCCAACCUGUCUUGCAGUGCAAGAUGAAUAAAAUCAAUAUGUGCAUAAAAAGUCCUUCUCCUUGCCACAGAAAGCAGUGCUAAUUGUUUAGCUAAAUUGUAAUUUCCACUGAAUGUGAGAAUAAAGCAAGCAUUUAUUUUGGUA